GUUGCUCGUAUGUAUUUUUCCACUGCUUUUACAGUUACACACGAGUUACACUCGUGAAACGUGAUGGCCACUCGGACCCUCCUAGUUUAGCGUUGCCCUGCACACGCACAUAGAAAGGGGCGCGUUUUAUCUGCAUAAGCAGAUCUGUGUCCGGGUCAUUCGAACGCGUGAAAGCAGGACGGAAAAGAAGAAGGAAGGUAAUGGCUGCCCCCGCGGUGAUCAUGCUGGAUUUGUGGCGUUAGACUGCGGGUCCUCUUUGCUGUAUACCAAGUGAGUAAUUGUGGAGGUAACAGUGGCAGGAAUGACGGGGUUCUGUGGGCGAGCUCGCCUCCCCGUUGCAGGUUUUGACAGCGCAGAGGCGAGCGAAGAGUACGACCACCACCAGGAGAUCGCCAGGUCUCGCUAUGCCGACAUGCUGUACGAUCACGACAGGAACGACAAGUACUACCGGGGCAUCAGAGCGGCCGUGGCCCGAGUGCGCGCUCGGGGCGAGAAAGUCAUCGUCCUGGACAUCGGAGCGGGAACCGGCUUACUGUCCAUGAUGGCCGUCACAGCCGGAGCCGACUUCUGCUACGCCGUGGAAGUCUUCCAGCCCACGGCCGCCGCCGCCAGGUGCAUCGUGGAGAAAAACGGCUUCGCCGACAAGAUCAAGAUCAUCAACAAACACUCGACCGAGGUUACCGUGGGCCCGGGCGAAGACAUGGAAACGAAGGCCAACGUCCUCGUCACAGAACUGUUCGACACGGAGCUGAUCGGCGAAGGGGCUCUGCCGAGCUACGAACACGCUCACCGCUGCCUGGUCCGGGAGGGAUGCGCGGCCGUUCCUCACCGGGCCACCGUCUACGCCCAGCUGGCGGAGUCGGAGCUGUUGGGGAGCUGGGCCCGCCUGCGGCCGAUAGAGGUGGAGGGAAGCCGGGUUCUGCCUCCGCCGGCCGUGGCCGACUGCAGCGGCGUUCAUUCCGUGUGCGACAUUCAGCUCAGCCAGGUUUCGCCCCGCAGCUUCACCGCUUUGGGUCCCGUCCUCGCCAUGUUCACCGUGGACUUCAGCCAGCCUGUCAGCAGCGCCCCCCGCUCCUACUCCUCGCAGUUUGUGGCUCGGACCGGCGGUCGGGCUCAAGUGGUGCUCUCCUGGUGGGACCUGGACAUGGAUCCCGCCGGCGGCAUCGUGUGCUCCGUGGCCCCCAGCUGGACGUACCCGCGGCCGGAGACGGCGCCGUGGCGAGACCACUGGAUGCAGAGCGUUUACUUCCUGCCUGUCGAGCGCGAGGUGGCCGAAGGUGAAAAUCUGACCCUGGCCGUGCGCCACGACGACUACAGUCUGUGGUACGGCCUCGGGUCUCGCGGCCGCGACGCCAUUCUCUCCAGGCCGUCUUGCACGUGCCACGCCCACCUGGCCUGGACGCGGGCGCGAUUCGGCGAACUGAACGACAAAGUGCGCACGGAGCGCUACGUGAGCGCGCUGCGCGGCGUCGUGAAGGAAGACAGCGUCUGUGUCGGAGUGAGCGACGGGAGUCUCCUUCCCGUCUUUGCUCACCUGCUGGGGGCCAAGAAGGUCUUGAGUUUGGACAGCUUGAGCAUGAGCAAACGGGCGAUGGAGGAGCUGCUGGAGGCCAACUCGCUGGGAGGACGUGUGGCGCUGCCGGACAUCAGGCCCGAGCAGCUGACCUGCCAAGAUUUGGGGGGGGAGCAGAUCUCGCUGCUGAUAGGCGAGCCCUACUUCUGCACCAGCCUUCUGCCUUGGCACUCUCUGUACUUCUGGUACUGCCGCAGCGCCCUGGCGGACCUUCUCCGACCCGACGCCGUCAUCUUUCCCCGCUCGGCCGCCCUCCACGUGGUUGUCGUAGAGUUCCGGGAUUUGUGGCGGAUACGCGCGCCGUGCGUCACGUGCGAGGGAUUCGACGUCACGCCGAUGGACGAGAUGAUCCAGAAGUCGAUGGACUUGCGCGAGUCUCACGAGGCCGAGCCCCACCCGCUGUGGGAGUAUCCCUGUCGCGCUCUGAGCCCGUCGGCGGCCGUCGUGACCUUCGACUUCACACGCCGCGUCCCUCGGCGGCCCGUCGUCAGCCGCGGUUCUCUCGCGUUGGUGAGGAGCGGCCGCUGCCACGGCGUAGCGGCCUGGUUGGAGUACCGCCUGAGCCCGGACGUCACGGUCAGCGAGGGUUUGAUCCGACCUGUGGAUGAGCGGGGCCGCUGCGAGUGGAGUCGACACAGGAAACAGGGAGUGUACUUCUUCCCGUCCGCGUUCGAGAGCGCGGGAGACGGCGGAGACGCCGCCGUGUUUUACGAGAUCAAAUUUGAACCCGCUUCGGGAGACAUCACGAUGGACUUCAACAUCGAGUCUGGUUGAGAUGGAGUGAGCGACUUUGGCGUUUGGCGAAAACGGGCCCCAGCGCUUCCUUCCGAUUCUCGGGCGGGACUUUCGUUUCACCCAAGAUGUGGAUGGGACGUUUAGGCUUCGUUUGCAUUUUCAUAUAGUUGUGGAAAUGUACGAUUUCCGUGACAACUUUGGUUUAAAAAUAUCAUCUACCAAUAAAGUGACAAUUGGACAAGUCCAUCAUGUCGU